AUGAAGUUAUUUCAAACAGAACAUAGUUUUAAUUAUCCUUGGGAUCAAGUUACUGCUGCCAAUUGGCAAAAAUAUCCAAAUGAAUUAUCUACUCAUGUUAUUUCAGUUGAUAUAUUAGAUAGAACAAUUAAUAAUCAAGGUAUAUUAAGAACUGAAAGAUUAAUAGGUUGUAAGCAAUCAAUUCCAAGAUGGUUAUCAUUUUUAGUUGGAGGGGCCACAGUUAGUUAUGUUAGAGAAAUUAGUGAAGUUGAUUUAAAAAAUCAAACUUUAGUUAUGAAAAGUAUGAAUUUAACAAUGAAUAAUUUAUUAUUAGUUAAAGAAACAAUUAUUUAUAAACCAGAUCCUGAAUUAAAUUUGCAAAGUACUUUAUUUAAACAAAGUGCUGAAAUUACUGCAUUUGCUUCAGUUUCAAGAAUUUGUGAUAAAGUUGAAGAAUGGUCAGUUGAAAGAUUUAGUCAAAAUGCAAGAACUGGUAAACUAGCUUUUGAAAAUGUUUUAAAUAGAUUAAAUGAUAAAUGGGAAGAUGCUGGUGUUGUUAAAGAUUCAUUAUUAUUGAAUGAAGUUAAAAAAUUACAAUUUUAA